AUGGACCCACAACGGACACUCUUCCUACUCUGCGGUGUUCUUCUAUUAAUAGAAGGCGAGGCAGCUAGUUCUUGCCACUGCGAAAAAAGCUUCAAGCCGGUAUGUGGCAACGAUGGCAUCACCUACGAAAACGUCUGCCAACUCGAAUGCAAAUCUGCACAGGGAGUGAAGUUAGCGUAUUCCGGAACGUGUUGCCCAAGGAAUGUGUGUCCGCCACUCCGAAAUCCAGUAUGUGACAAUUUCGGUCGCACUCAUGUGAACGAAUGUGUGUUUUCCAGAGCACAAUGUUUGGCGAGAAAAAUUAGUGGACGAAUUUUGAACAAGGUACAUGACGGUGAAUGUACGGAAGAAGAGCGAAAAGCCGAAGAUUGUGAGGUCGAGUGUACCUAUGCUAGUGGUCCUGUAUGCGAUGAAAACGACAUAACACAUGAAAAUGAAUGCAAAUUUGAGCAUUUGAAUUGCCUUCUAGGGAAGUCAGGAAAACCAGAAAUUUUACUACAGCACUAUGGAAAGUGCCGUGAACAUGCAGCACCAGCUGUAACUGAAGAUACGCCAGACCCUGCGGAGGGUAGCGGUACUGUCAGCAAGAAGGAGACUGCAGUCGAAAUUGACAGCAAGGAUUCUGAACUGCUCAAACCGGCAGCUGAACAGCCGAACAACCUACACAGCGAUGACGCAAAGCUUCGCCAAGAAGCGCAUGAUAGACGAGCUGUCAGGGCGAGAGCGAUACCGUCAUUGUUCUUCAACGAUGCUGACAUCAUUACCCCGUCCGAGCGAUUGGUACAAGCCGAGACCGCUUUGAGCUCAUUCGAAAGGGAUCUCCCGGUGCUGCCAAGUGCCGAUGACGUUUUGUAUCCAGCCACAAUCACUGACGAACUCUUGGCCAGGCUCAGGUUGCCUUCCAUCACUGAAGACUCGGAAGAAGAUGACUCGAAGUCUUCGUAUUCUACAGUCCCACCAGUAAUUUCAGGCUCUUCUAUUUUACAGCCAUUCGACUUGACUCAACCAUGCUCAGCAGCCGAUUGUGACAAGACGAGAAAUCCCGUGUGUGACUCGAAUAACCGGACCCAUAAAAACAUGUGUUUGUUCAAAUUCUUCGCCUGCAAGGUCCAUAGAAUGGACGGUACCGUCGUCGAACUUGCUCAUAUGGGUGAAUGCAAAGAUGGUGCAAAAACGCCAGAAUCUAUUUGCCCUCCGUGUCCCGUCACAGCAUCCGACACCCUUGUAUGCGACAAUCUGAAUAAGACCCAUGAAUCUCUCUGCGCCUUUGCUCGCUUCAAUUGUAUGCAAAAAGUACUAGCUGAAGAUGAAAGAGUUCUAAUCCAUGUUGGACGCUGUCAUGCCAGAAGUCUCGGCUUCAAGUUGGAGAACGAACAGUGCCCACCGAAGUGCUCUGCUGAACAGCAUCCAGUGUGCGAUACGCAGGGAAACACACACAUAAAUCUCUGCCAGUUUCAGAAAACAAAUUGCUUGCUAAGAAAGAAAGGUCAACCUGCUCCCUCUCUUCUUGAAUUGAAACCUUGCAAUGCUCUGAACCUGUCCACUACGUUGCGACAUAGCGAAGAUGAAAGUCGAAAGGACUCUCCAACCCCUAGUUCCGUGUUUCUCGUUACGGACGAAGACGAGCAAUCAAUUGUAGAAAACACAACACAAAAAGCAAUCUUCGACUGUCCCCAACCAUCUUGUGGAGUAGAAGGCUUACCGGUGUGUGACAGUCAAGGAACAAUGCAUGAAAAUGUGUGCAUGUUUUUGCAUGCGCGAUGCUUGGCAGCCAAGGACGGCAUAAACCUUUCCACUCAACCUGAAGAGUACUGUUUGAAAGCACUAUGUGACAAGAAGAACUGCUCAUCAGAGGAAAAACCAGUGUGUGGAAGCAACUUCCUCACUUACACGAAUUUGUGCCAUUUAAACGCCGAACGAUGUAAAGACGACACGAUUUCGAUCUUAUUCUACGGAAAGUGCGAAGAAUGUUUGCCGACUCCUUGUCCACCCAUGGAACAAGAUGCACCAGAUGAAGCCUUCGUCUGUGACCAAGAGGGAUUUACCCGUUCUGUCUGUGAAUUCCAAAUGCUCAGUUGCAUUGUUGAGCGAAGUUUGGGAGUGAAUAUUACUAUCCAACAUUCUGGUCGAUGCUGUGAACCUACAGUGCCGUGCGACAUGGAGCCGCCAUCACCGCUGUGCGGAUCUGAUGGCAAAACCUACAGAAACAACUGUUCACUCACCGUUGAGAACUGCAGAAAUAGAAAGCUCCAAGUACCCGAGAUCGAAGUGGCCUAUUCGAAACCGUGCGAGGAAACAUCACCCAUUACAAAAGAAGCAAAGGAGGCUUUGGCAGCCUUGGAGCGAUUAGUAGAAGAAGAAACACCGACCACCACCACAACUGAGCCACCACCGCCCACUGACUGUCCUAUCGGAUGUGACGACAUCUAUGCACCCGUCUGUGGUUCAGACGAUAUCACCUACACAAAUCUUUGUCACAUGAAAGCUGCUAACUGCCACUUAGGUACCACAGUCGAAUUGGCAUACAAUGGAGAGUGCUGCUCUAUGGACUGUCCUAGCCAUUUCAGUCCUGUUUGCGAUGAUCAAGGUAUAACUCACCAGAACCUCUGCUUUUUUGGAAGGGAGCGAUGCAUUGUGGAAAGGGUCACUGGAAAGAAUAUAACUAUCGAUAAGUUUGAUGUUUGCGAGGACAGCACUUGCGACAAAGACUGUCCAAAGACUUACAAACCUAUUUGCGCUUCUAACGGAGAAACGGUUGUGAAUGAGUGCUACCUCGACAAGCUUAACUGUUUCCUUGCGAAGAAAAUCACAUCCACACCUAUUACAAAACUAUUUGACGGCGAAUGCUGUGCAAAUGAGAAUUGCGGCUAUGAAUUCUCUCCUGUGUGCGAUUCUCUGGGCGAAACGCACGCGAACGAAUGCGUGUUCCGAAAAAAUGCUUGCUUACAGAAGAAGAAGAAUAGCAUCGACCUCACUAUUCAGUACAGGGGACAAUGCUGCAAUCGACAUUGCGAUAAGACACUUGCGCCUGUAUGCGAUGGCACACAAACUCAUGAGAACAUCUGCAAAUUCAAGAUAGCGCAGUGUGAAGCCGAACGACAAGGACAAGUGCUAACUUUGGCCUACGCUGGGGAGUGUUGCACACUUCCUAAGGGGAAAUGCGAACGAAGCGGUAGUGUCUGUGAUUCGGAUGGGCAAACCCACGUCGACGUGUGCCAUUUCCAGCAAAAACGUUGUAUCAUGAACAGAUCCAUCAACAAGACAAUCACGAUCGUCCACUCCGGAGAAUGCUGCGCGAUCGAAGCUUGUCAUAAAGAGGACUCGUCACCGGUAUGUGACACGCACGGUGGUACGCAUGCCACCAAAUGCCACUUCCAGAAUACAAAGUGCAUUCACGACAAAAUGCAUCCAAAUAAUCCAAUCAAUCUGGCUUACACAGGAGCAUGCUGCUCGAACAGCUGUGAGAAUGAACCGGAUGAACCGGUAUGUGACCAACACGGUAACAUGUACAGGAACCGAUGUCAGUUUAAAUACAAGGCAUGCGAAAGGAGGAGAAGGCUGAACUCCAUAUUAUUGGAGACGCCCUGCCCUACGCGCCGAACUGCUCGAAGUUCAAAUACAAAGUCUUGAUCUUACUUGUUGUUGAUAAUCUUGUCCAUAAUUAAUUUAUUUCGACUUUCUUAGAAGUGCUGCAUUAGGUGAGAUAUGUGAUUUGUGAUGAUCUUAGCCGUUAUCCAGUGCUUGUUUGUUUGGACUCGUACUUCUUGAUUUUGCUUCCAAAACUGCCAGAUGACUUUCUACUUCAUUAACACGAUUACCGAGGACUCUGUAACAUUGCUAUUAGGAAAGCAACGUUCACUUUCGUAGUCGCAGAUGUAAAGAAACUGACUUGUUUGCCCUUCUGAGAUGUGUCAAGGCCAUUUGCUUAUCGUUACACAAAUCCAGUAGUAUAGCUGUUAUUGCUUUGUAGUCAUUAUCGUCA